AUGGGGGACUUUAACUCAAUCAUGGCUAUGGAGGAUAGAAUUGGGACCCCUGUUAGAUUCUCAGAAAUUCAGCCUAUGAGGGAGUGUAUGGCUUCUUGUGAACUUUUGGAGGUUAAAUUUGUUGGUAAGCAGUUCACCUGGACUAACAAGCAAGAUGGGGUCAAUAUAGUGCUUUCUAGAAUUGAUAGGGUGCUAGAAAAUUCUCGUUGGGAGGAUGUUUUCUGUACUGCAGAGUCAACUUGUCUCCCUGAGGAUACCUUCGAUCAUUGUCCCAUGGUGUUAAGCUGUUAUAGGUCUUCCCAUAUUAAGAAGCCCUUCAAAUUCUACAACAUGUGGACUAGUGCAUAUGGGUUUCUUCCUUUGGUUCAGCAUAAUUGGGAUAAAGUGGUUCAGGGGUGCCACAUGUACAAGGUGGAUAGGUCUCAUGUUAAUCCAGUCAUUGUGGAUCAAGGGGAAAGGCUAACUGAUAUCCACAAGGGGUUGCUUAACUGCAAUUUCCAAGAGAAUGACAUUAAGGGGGUCUUGGAUUCUAUUCCUAUUAACAAAUCCCCUGGGCUUGAUGGAUUCAAUAGCAUGUUCUUUAAAGCUGCCUUGCCCAUCAUUAAAAGAGAUGUGUGUUUGGUUGUAAAUGAUUUCUUCCUAACAGGGAAAAUCUUGAGGGAAAUCAAUAUCACUUCAAUUUAUUUGACCCCUAAGGUCAUAGUGCCAGCUUAUAUAGGGAACUUUAGGCCAAUUGCUUGUUGUUCAGUUCUGUACAAAUGCAUCUCCAAACUUAUGUGCAAAAAGCUCAGUCAAUUUCUUCCAGAAAUCAUCUCCCCUAAUCAAGGAGCCUUUGUUGCUGGCAGAUCCAUUCUGCAUAAUUUAUUGAUGUGUCAGGACAUUAUUAAACACUACAACAGGGGGACCACGAGACCAAGUUGUAUGAUGAAACUUGAUUUGAAGAAAGCCUAUGAUACAUUUGAAUGGAAAUUCAUUGAGGAGAUCAUGCUUGAAUUAGGUUUCCCUCCCUUCUUUGUGAACCUAGUCAUGACAUGUCUGUCUACCACUCAAUACUCAAUUUUGAUUAAUGGAGCUCCUUCGCCUCUAAUCCAACCUAUAAGAGGGUUGAGACAGGGAGACCCCUUUCUCCUCUACUCUUUACCUUGUGGAUGGAGUACUUCUCCAGUCUUCAGACUGUUCUCUGAAACCACUGUCCUUCAUGUGAAUCCCUCUAAAUCCUCAAUGUAUUGUUGUGGGAUGGAUCCUCGCACUAAUGCUGCAAUUGGUACAAUUUCUGGGUUUCAACUUGAUACUUGCCUUUUAAGUAUCUUAGGGUGCCUAUUAUCUCCAGGAAGAUUCAAGCUGGUGACUGUGGGCCAGAUUUUCCUUAUUCCAGUUGUUGUUAUAUGGAAUAUUAAUGUUGUAUGCAGGUCUUACCUAUGUUUUGGUGUGUAUGAUGACAAAAGACCUGGUAAUGUCAUCUGGGACAAACUUUGUACUGAUAAGGAUCAUGGUGAUCUUGGGUUCAGAAACUUGGCAAUUUGGAACCAAGCAGCUAUUGGCAAACUAGCCUGGGCUAUUGAGAAAAAGAAAGACAAUAUGUGGGUCAAGUGGGUUCAUGCUCUGUAUAUCAAGGAUAAGAGAUGGCAACAAUAUUCUCCUACUCUAGCUGUCAGUUGGGCUGUUAAAUAUAUAUGUAAGGUGAAACAGUUGUGUACUGAGAAGCUUUUGUCUACUUCUUGGCUUAAUGGUGCUAAAUACUCCAUCAAGAGGUUUAUCAUUCUUUAA